CUCUCCGCGAUUUCCAUUCCUUGUUCCAGUUUCAUUUUCGUGCUAUUUACGAUCUUGCUUGUAUUAAUUGACAGAUUUGUAUAGCAAUCUUACAGGUUAUUUCAGCAUCUGAAAUAGUAUGCAAUUUUUUUAUUUUUUUUUCUCUCUAAUAUUCUACCAAAAGUUCUUGUAUCUUUUGUGUUUCUAGCAGAAAACUUGCGACCACUGCCGAAUGGCUUUCAGCAGCCAAAGAGCCUCCACUUCUGCUCCCUCACCUUCUCAAUGCAAAUAUAAAGUGUUCUUGAGUUUUAGGGGCAUCGACACUCGCAGGGGUUUUACAGCUCAUCUAUAUGACAGGUUGUGGUUUCGCUCAGUUACAACUUUUAGGGACGACAAUGACCUUGAAAGAGUUUUUUAUGAUGUAGAUCCCUCUGAUGUACGAAAGCAAAUGGGAACUUUUGCCGAAGCCUUCAACAAACAUGAAAAGAACUUUAAAAAAGAAAAGGUUCAACGAUGGAGAGAUGCUCUUACAAAAGUUGGUAAUAUCGCUGGGUGGACUUCAAAAGAUAGAGAUGAGAGCGACCUUAUCAAAGAAAUUGUGGAAGAAGUGUGUAACAAAGUGCAUCCUACAAUAUUCACAUUGCCAGGUUCCACAACAGAGUUUGUGGGAAUUGAUUUUAGACUGAAGAAAAUAGAAUUGCUAUUAGAUCGUGAGGCAAAAGAUGUUCGCUUUAUAGGGAUAUGGGGGGAUGGUGGCACAGGUAAGACAACUACUGCAAGACUUGUUUAUGAUCGAAUUUCCCAUCACUUUGAUGUUAGCUGCUUUCUUGCUAGUGUGAGAGAGGUUUGUGCAACACAUGGGCCUGUUCAUUUACAAAAACAACUUCUUUCCCCAAUCUUGAAGCAAAAGGUGAAUGAUGUUUGGAAUGUUCAUAGUGGAUCCGAUAUGAUCAAGUAUUGUUUGAGUGAUAAAAAGGUGCUUCUGCUUAUUGAUGAUGUGGAUCAAUUAAACCAGCUGCAAAUAUUGGCUGGGAAGAAAGACUGGUUUGGUUUGGGGAGCAGAAUCAUUAUUACAACCAGAAAGGAACCUCUGUUGAUCCAACACCACAUAGAGGAACGAUAUGAGCUCUUGGGAUUACAAGACAAUGAAGAUUUUCAUCUCCGCAGAAGAGAUGAGUCUGAAGGAGAUCUUAACUUGCGAUGUGGUGUUUGUGAAAUUUUAAUCCCAUCAAAUUCAGAUGGUACUGUUGUGUCUAAGGUACAUCCUAUCUCGCUACAAGUAUCCUGUCCCUCUCAUGAGGACGACGGAACUCCUAGGUGUUGUAGCUGUGGAGGAAUAAAGCCAAGGAACACCAAAUAUCAUUUACUUAAUGAUGGUCUGCAUCAAUGUCCGGAGUGCCGGGAUUCGGCGAUUACGGAAGCUGACGAAUGCGAAGCCCUUUUCCUUGAAAUACAAAAAGUGUUUGAUUGGAAAUUUCAAGAGAAAAAUAUUCUAAUACACUUCGUCGAGGAAACAGAAUUCUUAAAAGUGAGUAAGGCCGCUGUGGGAGAAAAGUAUCUAGCAUCCAGUUUUACUACCAACACCAAGAGGUCUUAUUUUUUCAGCUUGAAGCGCCCUGAAGUAACAGCAAUUACGAUACUGAGUGGUCUUCCUAGGCCGACGACAGGGGUCAUUAUGGCUCGGACUAUGAUGCGAGCAUGGCUAGAGGUUAAAUGUUAUCGAAUUCGAAAUAUGAACCCACAGGUUAAAAUUGAUAUGGGCCACGUGUUGGCCCAUAUGUGGCUGGAAUUUGUGAUGAAUUCUGGGUCAGACUUUGAGAAGAAGCUUGGUAACUUUUAUCAACGCCGAAUUGAGUCAGAUAGUGGAGAAGGGUUCAGCUUAGGUAGAAAUGCAGUACUCAAGCAUGGUCUAAGACAGACCCUUGACCAUAUUGCGAUGACAGGAAGCCUUCCACUUGUGGAUUGAUAUUAACAAAUCCUAUUAAUGUCAAUCAACAUUUAUGCAGAACUAAAGUUGUUUGUAUCUUGAAAUGCAUGUUAUUGAUGAGACGCCCAUUUCCAAAAGGUUUGAACUAAUAUAUUUUUCUUUAGGGUAAUGUCUUGGGGUGGUACCAUAGCAGACAAUUUCAAUGUACCCCAGUGUAAUCUGUACGAGUCCUGUAGUGGG